AUUAAUACUCUCACUGUGAACGAAACUUGGGCGAAAUUGAAAAGUUUUGGCGUUAUGGAAUCGUCCAUUGAAGGGAGCUCCGAGUCAACUACUGUCACUACUUCUCCUUCGCGUCGUGUACGAGAACUUUUAGCUUUGUGUUUCAGUUCAGUUGAAGAAGCCGGAGGAUUUCAAGACUUUGAGAGUUUUGUGACAGAACUUGUCAGCUGUUUGGAUUCUUUGUAUGAGAACGUAGCUUUGGAUGCUAACAAUGAACUGGAGAACGAUGUUAUUGAAGAAGUAUUAGAUGAAAUUUUGAAAGUUUUAUCAUCUCCUCAAAUGGAUCAGGAUGUUAUAGAUGCACUGUCAUUUCACUUGCCAAAAGUAACUUCCAAGUUUGCAGACAUAUCAAGCAGAUGUUUACAGUUAGUUGAGGAAAUCGUUGAUCGGUUUGUGGAAGCAUGCAAUCCACGGGAUAUGCUUUCAAUUCUUUGUGAGGCACUCGAUGCUGCACGGUGCUAUCAUUCAGCCUCCACUUGUUCUACUCCUUUAUUGCAUGGGCUCUCUAAAGUAUUUAUUUUGAUCCAGAGGCGUCACUACGAGCAAUUAAAGGUUGCAGUUCCAAUUGUCCUGAACGUUUUGAAGGACAUUUCAUUGGAAACAGACGUGCAAGUUGAAGAUUUAUUUGAUAAGGCUCUAGGCAUUGCCUCUUCAAUUCGAGACGUUUCUUCAAAACUGAAUAACGAAGAAGAAGCAAAAGUCCGUUGUCUACUUUGUCUCUAUGUGAUACAGAUAACGGCUAUUAUUUCAGUUAGCAUCAGAGACAAAGCGGCCUCUUGUAUUCCUCUGGUGAUUCAGUUAGAACCGUUCUUGACAUCCUGUGGUUUAACACAUCUUGGUUUAAUCACGGGGAAUGACACUGAAAAAUUAAUGAGCACGGUUGCUGGAGAUGAUGAUGAGUUUAUCACCUCUUUCCCUGACAUCAGCUUGGGUGCAUCGCUUUUAUUCAUCUGUGCAAAGAUCUCCCAUGAGGUUGCAGAGGCGGCUAAUGCGGUUUUAGGAAGUGUUGUUGAUGAGCUUCAAAACAAUCCAGUGAAAAGGUGGCAAGCUUAUGGGAUGUUGAAAUAUAUACUUUCCUCUGGAGAUCUGCUCUGGGAAUUCAAAAGACAUGCUAUCGAGUUCUUGCUUGACAUAACAAAAGGAGUUACUUCAUCUCAAUGCAAUGAUGAGCAAAUAGAUUGUUCGGACUACACGCCUGGCAUCUACGCUACUUUACAGGCUGUUACAUUACUGAUCAUGUAUGCGCCAGACGCAGAUCUGAGGAAAAAGACAUUUGAGGCACUGAAGAGGGUUCUUUCUGAUAUCCCAGCUCCUCAUAGGUUUGACGUUUUAAGAGCCCUUGUCACAAAUUCCCGGUCUCCUUCAAUGACAGCAAUCCUUCUGGGUCUAGUUAAAGACAGCAUGAGCAAAAGCAGUUUGCAAGAUACAGAUUGUGCGGCUGUUGAUACGCAUGUUAUUGAGCUAGUGGAGUUGGUCUUAAGGCCUCCACAGGGAGGUCCUCCACUCCUUCCGGACCAGAGUGAUGCGGUGAUCUUUUCUUUUCCUAUAUCAAUUCUUUAAAAGUAUGUUUUGUUUCUCUUUUCAUGUGCAUACUAUAAGCCCUUUAGGCAAUGCAAUGAUAUGGGUUAAGGUAAAUGCUUAAAAGGACAAACAUUACAUACAUACCGAGAAAUAGAGAAAAUGCCCCUUUCUGUGCAAAUGAGAGUAGCUUGCUUUUCUCGCUAAUUAAGGAAUUUUAUGAUGUUGCAUUGUUUUCUAACUUGUCGUAAGGAAAACUGCGAUAACAAAAGACCCCAGAAUUUUCACUAUUUAUAAGAAUCAGAGGGUCAGAACGAAAAUAAGGAGAAACAUGGUUGUGUUUGAAGAUCGAUUAUUUAACCACAUUUGUGUAACAAAAGUCUUUGUGUGAUGUUUGUGCAGAUCCUGGCGGCACUUAACCUCUACAGGUUUGCACUGUUAUUUGAAUCGAGAGGUAAAAAGUCGUAUACCCUCUAAAAUGUUAAAAUGUCAAGUUGAAAAUGUACUUUGCUUUAUCUCAUUUCCUUCCAAGUAAAUGGAGGAAAUCUGACUAUUUAAAAUAUUGCAAAUUAGUAGGCAGUGCGGUUUUGUCAUUUCAUCUCUCUUGUUCUUGUGGUGUUUUUCUGACAAGACAAAGCUAUAGAAUGUGAAGCAGGUAAAGAGAGAAGCAAAGUCGGCAGUGAUAUUUUGUCAAAGAAGAAUCUGGAGAAAGCGUAUAAGGAAUGGCUUCUGCCUCUUCGAACUCUUGUGAGCUGCAGCAUCGCUGAGAACCUCAAGGAGGAUCAUGGCCAAGAAUCUUCACUCGACGAUGUAGGGCUUCUGAACCCAAUUGAAUUGGUUCUAUAUCGAUGCAUCGAGCUCGUGGAAGAAAAGUUGAAAAGUCAUUAGUCAAAAAAAUAGUGAGAACUUCAAUUGUAGGCUCAUUGUUAGUUACAAAAAAAAUUUGUUUGAUAUUUUCCUGCAACUUUGGUUAUUCCAACUUGAGUCGUGGCACUUUGCUUGACCUAUAUUCAUAUUGAUAAGUGAUAACCCAUUCACUUGUGAACCU